CUUCCUGUCGCCUGCCAGUCUUAUUCACACAUAACCAUAGACUGCAGAUACCAACAAGAAACAACUACGACUCCCUCCAGACGACUAAGCGCACCAACCCUUGGCAUGAAGUUAACUGGCCAAACAAGCCUCAGCCUGGGGCGCGCAGCCUGAAGUCUGACCAUCUACAGUGAUAGGUCGUUUGAGAUAGGCAGCUCGUGGCUCCGUCUUAGCAGACCUUCCAUUGACCAGCACAUUCAGCUGUGUGCCGCUAUUUGCUCUUACAUACUCCACACUACGAUAUGGUUUGCGUAAAUAACCGUUAUCGCGUGGCGUGGCGAGGCGCGUGAGCCCGCCCGAGGUUUUCACUGCCGCAUCAUCGCACCAAGUGACGUGUAAAUUAUGGGGCUCUGCCUCUCCAAGGCCCCUCUAGGGCCACCGGACUCUGAGCACCCUGCAGACUCGGCAGCGUCACUGACAGUGACUAAGCCGACGGGUUCCUCUCCGAGCGCUUUAUCCGCCUCUCCCGGCUCCGCCCAGCUCAGGGCGGCCGCACUGAAGACCGCGUGGCAGACCUCUGCAAGGUCGCUGCGUGCCAGCAUCAGCAAGCGUGGCGCCAAACGCUCAGACAGCUACAAGAUCGCCGGACUACGCGGCGGCGCGGCGUCACCGGACGAGGCCCAGCAGCAGCAGCAGCAGCAGCAGCAGCAGCAGCUGCAGCAGCUGCUUCAGGAGUCCGGUGUGGACCGUGAUAGUGCAGGUGGCGGCAACGGUGGCCGGGCCUCAGGCAGCGUGGGCCUGCGUGUCAGCGUCGGCGCGCGCGUGUCGCCCACAAAUGGCAACGGUGGUGGCGGAGGCGCUACCACUAACACCGGUGGCGCGCUGCGUGUGUCGCCCGCCACGCAACCACAAACACCCGGCGCCGCGCCAGCGACGCGGCGAGCUUCCUCUUCCGUGUUGGCGGGGCACGGUGCACCUGAUGGAGUGUCCGCCCGCACCUACUCCACCUCCCACGGCGGCGCCGCCAAUGGCGUAGCCGCCAACGCCAACGGUGCCAGGCAUAAUGCCGCGGGCGCGGCAGCUGCAGCGCCUGCUGCCGCUGGCCCGGCCGACUGUGUGGUUCAGUCGUUCUGCCGGCCCUCGGAGCCGAUGUCUGACGGCGCCGGCCUGGACGGCCCCGACAGCUUCGGCCCUGAGGAGCUGACGUCACUUCCACCGCCCCGCUCCUGCCCCAACUGCUACACGUCAGAGAGCCCGUCCGGCGCCCCGGGCGCAGGCGGUGUGGCGGCGGUCCCGGUGGACGGUUCGGCGCUGGGCUCUGUCGGCGGCACCCGCCGCUCCAACAGCAACCUGGCGGCAACAGCGCCCCGGGAUGCCUCCGUCACAGGAGGCACGGGCCGGCAGGCGGCCGCACGGCGCGGCUCCGCGGGAGGCGAGGCGGCCUGGGCAGCUGCACAGGCAGCCCUGGUGGUGCCGCCAUCGCCGCGGCCCCCGGCGGCAGUGCAGCCACCCGCGUCACCCGCGACCGCUGCCCCGCCUUCCCCUGCGUCUGCAGCGACGGCCGCUGCUCAGAAGGCGCAGCAGAAGGCCGCCGCUGCAGCAGCUGCCGCUGUCGCUGCUCCGGCUGCGCCUGUAGCGGCACCGGCGCCUGCACCGAACCAGCAGCAGGAUCAGCAUGCCGCUCAGAAACCCGCUGCAGCUGCCGCCGCCGACACUGCCCCCACCUGGGUGCUGCGGCCUGGUCCGCCUGUGGAGAGCGCCUACGAGCUGGGCGACGUGCUGGGCAAGGGCAGCUUCGGGGUGGUACGGCGGGCGCGGCACAUCGCCAGCGGGGCACAGGUGGCCAUCAAGACCAUCAAGAAAUCACUGCUGGGUGCGGGCGAUGUGGCGGCCCUGCGUCGUGAGGUGGAGAUUCUACACCACCUCUCCGGGCACCCGCACAUCAGCCAGCUGCUGGGGGUGUUUGAGGAGCCGGGCCAGCUGCACCUGGUGCUGGAGCUGUACCAGGGCGGCGACCUGUUUGACGCCAUCAUCAGUGUGGGCCGCCACAGCGAGCGCGCGGCGGCGGACGUGAUGCGCACCGUGCUCACCGCCAUCGCCUACUGCCACGCCAUGGGGGUGGCGCACAGGGACAUCAAGCCCGAGAACUUUAUGCUCACCGCGCCGCCCCCACCGCCUGAGACGCUGCCUGGCGGCUCGCUGGCGGCGCUGCAUGCGGACAGCCUGGCGGCCCUGACGGCGCAGCUGGAUGCGGCGGCGGCGGCGGCGGACCCCGACCUCAAGGGCGCAGUGGGCGCCCGCCUCAAGCUGAUCGACUUUGGGCUGUCCGUGUUCUGCAGCGACGCCACGCCUCUGUCUGACACUGUUGGGACCAGCUACUACGUGGCGCCCGAGGUGUUGGCCAAGAGCUACAGCCGGUCCGCGGACGUGUGGAGCGCCGGAGUCAUACUGCACAUCCUGCUGACUGGCUACGCGCCGUUUGACGGGCGCAACGACCAGGAGAUCCUCAAGGCCGUGCAGCAGGGCCAUCUUGACCUGGCGUCCGACCCCAUCUGGUCGUCCAUCUCGCGCGAGGCCAUGGCCGCCCUCACCGCCAUGCUGGACAGGGACCCGCAGCGCCGCGCCACUGCCGACCAGCUGCUGGCCAUGCCCUGGUUCGGCCGCACCGCCGCCGCCUGCCGCGCGCCCUGCGUGCCGCUGCCGGGUGUGGUGUCGGAGCGCAUGCGCCGUUUCGCACGCAUGAACAGCUUCCAGAAGGAGGCUCGGCGUGUGGUUGCCGGCCUGAUGCGACGUGAGGAGGUGGCGGGGCUGGUGGCGCAGUUCAAGUCGUUGGACGCGGACGGAGACGGCAAGCUCAGUGUGGAGGAGCUGCAGGCCGGUCUGGCGCGGCAGGAGAUGCGCAACCGCGCCUCCGCCUCCGGUCUGGUGCCGGCGGCGGUGGGCGGCGGCUCUGGGGCACCGGGCGCCCUGACUGCGGAGGAGAUGAGGCAGCUGGUGGAGCGGUCUGACCUGAACGGCGACGGCCUGCUGGACGAGUCCGAGUUCCUGGGUGCCGCACUGCCCACCGCCGUCAUCGCGCGCCAGGCCGCAGCCGCACUGGCAGCCGCGCAGCAGGCCGCAGCAGCUGGAGGCGGGGCCGGCGGCAGGGGCCCGGGCGGCGUGGGCGGCUCGCGCCCCGGCACCAGCGGCGCCUCAGCGGCCCGGUCCGACCCCGGCAACCCGCUGGCUGCGGCGUUCGCCUACUUCGACGCAGACGGCAGCGGCUACAUCACUGUGGACGAGCUGAGGUCGGCGCUGGCGGCUCACCACCCCACGGGCGAGGGGCCCGACAUACGGGCACUGCUGUCUCGUGUGGACGCAGAUAGUGACGGGCGCAUCAGCUACGCUGAGUUCCUGACCAUGAUGGCGGCAGAGUGCAUGGAGGAGGAGGUAGACCUUGACCAGGAGGAGCAGGAGCAGGAUGAGGGGCGGUCACGGUCGGGCCAGCGGCGGUCAAAGACGCUGGGCGGCAUGCUGAAGCUGCGUGGCGCCAACGCGGUGGGCCAGCGCUCCCGUGCCAGCAGCCACCACAGCCACCACAGCCAUCACAUCCAAAGCCCGCAUGCACAAUCGCACAAAGUUCACGGCAACGAGCAGCAGUGGCCGGCGGCGCGGGGCCUGACUGGUCAUCGCAGCAAGAAAAGUGGCAUUAACACUGGCGCGCUCAGCGGCCACCACAGCCACCACAGCCACCGCCAGCAGCAGCAGCAGCAGCAGCAGCAGCAGCACGGCGGGGGGCAAUCGCGGCCGUCAACAACACAGGCGCAGUCGGGGCACAGCAGCCGCAGCCAGCAGCGCCAGAGCGGCCGCCAGCCGCACGGCCACAGCCAGCACGCGGAGGAGCAGGACGACUGGUUUGAGGACGAGGAGGUGCUGCCGGCGGAUGACACAGCCGCCAGCAACACAAGCAGCACAAGCAACACCAUUAGCAACACCCGCCGCCAGCAGCAGCAGCAGCUGUUGCCGGGCGGUGCAGGGGCGCGCAGUGGCCGCAGCCGUGGCGGCCAGCGCGUGACGCUGCACAUGACGCCCUCCCAGGAGGAGCGCCAGGCCGGCGCGGAGGUGGUUGCAGGGCCGCCGGCCGGGGCGGUCGCACCAGCCUGGGGCGGCCGGUCGCGCAACGGCCGCGAGGACGCCGGCGGCCCCCACGGCCGCCACGGUCAUGCCGCCGGCGCCGCCGCCGUUGGCCCGCACGUGCGCGGUGUCAGCGCCGCCACCAGCUGCGGCUCCACUGCGGUGGUGCCCUCCCUCAGCGGCCGCCUGUCUCCACUGGACGGCACCGGCUGGUACGACGAGUGCAAGUCGCCCGGCGGCGCCGAGGAGGAGGAGGGGGAGGGGCAGUCGUCGGGAGCGGGGGCAGACGGCGUGGGCUGGGGACAUGACGCCGCCAUGGCGGGCGCGGGUGGGGCGGGAGCUGCGGGUGGCGGCGAGCCGCUCAUGCAGCAGCUCAGUGUGGAGGACAGCGGUCUGAGCCAGAUGAUGGCGCAGCAGUGGCAACACCAGCAGCAGCAGCAGCAGCAGCAGCAGGCCGCUGCUGGCAGUCCCGGUACUGCCCGACGGCCGCCGGCGCUGAUACUCCCGGCACAGGCGCCCGUCGCCACGCAGCGCAGCCGCCGUCACUCCGCCGCCAACGCCAUCCCCGGCGCCGACGCGGCCAGUGCUGCAGGGCGCGCUGGCGCCGGUGGCUUCUCAGUAGUCACAGGCGCCGCCACCGACCGGCCGCCGCGCUGCACGCCCCAACCCGUGCUGACGCCUGCGCCCCACAGCGGCGAGGUGCUGAGUAGCGUCCCGGUGGUCAGCGGCUCCCCUGCCUCGGCUUCCCAGGCCUCAGCGUCCCAGGCCUCGGCGGGCCGCGCUCGCGGCAGCCAGAUGCAGCAGCUGCUGCUGAGCCAGCUCGGCGGCGACGACGCGGCCAGCAGCAGCGGCCGCAGGUCCAUGCCGGCGUCGCCCGCUGGUAAUCAUGAUGGCGGCGGCGGUGGCAGCAACUGGUUCUACUCGCCGGCGGCUUCGCCAUCGGGCCGUGCCACGGCUCAACGCAUGCUGCGGAACGAGCUGGCGGCGGCGUCCGCCACCACCGCCGCACAGUACUACGGCGGCGGCCCGGCGCCGGCCCGGCAGCCGCUGACCCCCGAGCAGCUACUGAUGCCGGCACCGCCGCCGUCGGUACAGACGGGCCCGAUCGCUGCUGGCUCCAGCGCUCGCUCGCGGCGUCAGAGCACUGGCAGCCCCGCCUGGCCGCUGACGCAGCCGCAGCUGGCGGGACCGCACCAAGGCCUGGGCCAGACCGUAUCGCCGCUGUCACCGCGGCUGGCGGCGGCCUUCGCCAGCACCGGAGGCGCCGGCUGCGACCCCAGCGGCCGCCGCCAGCAGACGCAGCACCAGCACCACGGCGGCGUGAUGCUGCCCCCAGGCGCCUGCCUGGACCUCUCGGACCAGUCGCCCGCCGCACUGCCGCACGUGCGUGGCUCAGGCGGCAGCACACCGCGGGGGCGCCAGCAGCAGCAGGCUCAGGCUCAGGCUCCGUCGCAUGUGCCGGGUCAGCUGCAGGCCAGCCCGCAGCAUCAGGACAUGCUGAUGGCGGGCGGGGGCGGGGGUAGGGGCGGGCCCAGCGGCGGCCGUGGGGGCUACACCUCAGAGCCGCUGCCACAGCUGCAGCUGGGCGGCACCGGCACUAGCACCGUUGUGGGUGGCCGACUGGCGACGCCGGCGCUGGGUGCUGCCUCCUCGCCACGCCAGCCGCGGCCCCCUUCGGGCGCGCCGUUGACGCCGGGUGCGGCAGGCGGCGUUGGAGGUGCGGGCGGCCGGCACGGUGCCGGGCCGCUGCCACCCUGGGGCGAGGAGGUUGACAUGUGAGCAAUUUCGGCAUGUGAAGUACCUGCGCGCUUAGGUAUGCUCUGAUGGUUGAGUUGCCAACGCUAUUGACAUUGUACUUGAAGAUGCAAGACGUUCGAGCGGUGAGUGUUGGAUGCCUGGCGCGGUACUGAGAGAGCGUACUGCAGCCGGCCACAAUCCAGCAAUAUGAGCUUGUUGAGGCAGAAGUUGUUGGCGUAGGGCAUUGAUUGCAAGUGGUUUCUCGCUGCUACAAAGCAUGGAAGGAAACAGUAUGUCAGUCGAUUGCAAUGCCCCGGCUUUCCAUAUAUGCCAUGGUACCUGUUACGGCGGAAGUCAAACGCCAUGCGUGAGGCAGGCUUACCGAUCGACAAGGGGUGCAGUUACAGUCUGCGGCACGGCUCACCGCGCGAGCACGUAUUCAUGCCUUCACGUUCAAGUGAAGAUUCUUUUACAUGUUUGGGCGGCAGACGUGUUUCACAUCCCAACCCAACCCCGUGCACCAGGUCAGGAUAUGACACCGUGCCCACUCUCGCCGGGACGCGGUACAAUACCGUAUAAAUAAAACACACAAUGCCAAGGAUUCCGGAUGUCGGCGACUCUCAACGGCAAGCGCUCCGCCGCGACCAUGGCCGAGGUCUCGCCCACCAAGAAGUGCCGCGUGUGAGCGGUCCUUGCUAGGCAUUUAUACCUACUAAUUCAACCUUGCUGCACAAAGCUUGGCAACGCCACGAGAGAUCACGCUAUGCGUCCUGCGUGUGUUUGUUGCCAUUGUAUAACGAUGGAUAUGGCGGUGGUGUUGGCGAGCUGUGGGGCAUCCUGGCGGUUUGCUACUGUGCCUGGGGUCACGCACGCUAUGGUGCACUGUCAACGGCUCUCAUGGACUUCCUGCAACCUUUCGGAAUUUCUGAUAUUGCGGGCUGCGCUUGGCGUCGUACGACGUUACGAAAGCGUGGCAAUUCAUCAUGUUGGUUGGGGCUCAAUAGCGUGCUGCUAAUGUGGCUGCACGCCCAAAUACAGCAGGAAGACGUGGAAGCAACCUGCAUUCCUACGCCACUGUUCUCUAUGUGUACGUGCCAUGCUUUCGCACCUAAGGCUCGUCACGCCACGGUGUCGGGCUAAUGAGACGCGAUGUGGCGUGCUCAAGGUAAACUGGAGUGACGUGUGUGGCGUGAAUACCGUACUCGUUUCAAACAAGGUCGUAGCCGCAGUGGCCCAAGCAACCAGCACACGGGCCGUGAGCGCAUCUGCGCAGGCAAUGCAGCUCGCGUGCUACAUGGCUUCAUGUGCGUGCGGUGGCCAGGCGGGCUAGGCGCGGGCUGCGCUCUGGACUGAAGGCUCCUGAAGUGCUGGACGGGCUGCGACAUGUGUUCACUGGAUGCUACCAUCAGGACGUAUCAGGCCCGCAAGUCAGGGUCGUGUACGGUAACUGUUUGUCAUC